CCAUACCGUUUGUCGUUGAACCAUCCUUGGCUCAGGUGGAAGCCCGAGUUAACCAAUCGAACGGUACAAGUUCCAAAAUUGCUUGCCUUCAAGAAGCUUUCAAACAAUCGUAACUCGGGGAGGAAGUGAAUAUGGAGGAAAUCAGGGACCACCGAGAGAGAUUUGAUAUUCGUAUAUCCUAGGUCUAACUAAAGUCCACAAUUCUAAUGGGAGUCCAACGUUCCCUUUGUACUUGGGAGGAGCAUAGGUUUGGCGUAAUGUUUACUAAUGCGGAUUCUGGAGUAAGGGCGCUCGGCAAAUUCCUUGAAAAGUUGCGGGCAGGGUACAAUUUCCUCGGAUCUUUCCGAGAACUUGUACCGGUGGGAGUUUUGUGGAAUCGUUGUUUUCUUACCGUCAUGAACCGUCGAAAAGUCUUAGGCUUAAAGCGUUACGCCAAAACUAUUGGCAAUGGCCUGCUUUCUAAACUCAGAUCUGCUGGUCCUCGGGUGAACCCAGCCUCUCCUUCUUCGUACCAGCCUUCGAUCCUAUCCGAUCCUCCCCCUUUUUCAAUUCCCCCUGGGUGCAUUAAGGAUGGUAAAAAACUCGAUUUCCCCAGUACUCGAGACCCGUAUCUUCCUGCAAUAUAUGAAGUAAAAUCCCAUCCUCGGAUCCCCAAAGAUUUAAAUCAGAACGUCAUCAAACGGAUUCUCAUCGUACCUUGGCCUAAGGGCGACGCCCAAUUCCUCAAAUUCUACUUUAACCAUGCAGAAACUAGAAUCAAUAUUCCUGGUGGACGGAAUUCAAGUAUUCCUGCCCUUGGGUGGGGGAAACUCGAAGUUGGCGACAUAGUCUUUACCCGGGAUGUUGCGGGGUCUGGAGAUGGCAUGGAUGAUAUGUUUGAGGUAUAUGUUGGAGAGAUAGAUGAAGAGAGUGAAGAGGGGAAGUUAAUCAAGAAUCUUCGAGAUGAAACGCUUGGUCCUGAAGCCGAACGUUGCACAAAUGGCUGUACUGCAUUUGAGAAAUGCAGUAAACGUGCCAAUCCUGUGGGCGGUUCAGGCCACUGCUACAGCUGCGGCAUAAGUCACCAAAAGCCCAGGAACUUGGUAACGCCUUCUGUUGGGGGCAAGAUACGGGGAAGUCUCAGCACUGAAGAGGAGGAGCAUAUCCAAAUGCGGCGCAAUCUUGUGACGACAACCAUUAAACUUGCCGUGAAUAUGUUCCGACGUAUACUACCAACAGAAUACAAAAUUCUAGAAGAUGCCUGCGAGCUCAAUAAUGUACCGCGGAUUGGCACGGAUGACAAUGCUCUCUAUCAGGGCUUACAGCUUAAUGUUUCGCAACCUGUACAUGGUGAUGGACUAAUUAUCAACUGCAUCAAGGCUCUUGCCUUUUUUGGUGGCAAACACUUUGACCGACACGACUCUGCAGGUGGUUGGACUACGAUGUUUGCUUAUCCCGAUAUACCAACGGGAGAAGGAUGGGAGGGAGGGAGAUUUCAUCUGGUCGAGUUUGGGCUAUACGUCGAACUUGAUAAAAUCAAAUCUAUAACAUUUUCAGGGCUUCGUCUUCAUGGUGGUACGCCUCCAUUAGCGCCUGUUGGAGUUCCGAUUCCUCCUUCCGCCUACCGAUGGGUAGUUGUACUUUAUCCUCAAGGUGCUAUUCUUGAUGGCCGAGUAACAAUGAAUAUUGCUGCGGGUCCCAACGGAGUGCCAAUCCAGUUGACGCCAGAAAUGACAAAUGCAACUGUCCAUGUACCAUCAACUGAAGACACUGACGGGUUGAUGGCUGAAGAGGAUGAGGAAGAGCCAGAUUUGCUUCAUGCUUCGCCCAAAGAGCUAAACUUCCUAGAUGAUGGAAAAGUUAUCAUGACUCCUCAAGCUGAAAUAGAUUUUCUCGCCCGAGCUUUCUUCCUGCACACAUUAUAUCAUCAGAGGCAGAUCAUGGGUGGAAAUGUAUUGAAAUAUGAUCAUUAUCGUCAAGGCUGGUCUAUGCAGCGGGAUGGUAUAACAUUCUCUGCUGGUCCUUGGUCUUUGGCACCAGAUGGUCUUGAGCUAACUAACCAUGCUGAUUCCUCACCCCGUCAAGCUGCCAGAGAACGGUGGUAUCAACACUGUAACAAGAGGCUUGAAGCGAUAUCCUCUACUUUCCGUAACUUCAAAGCUCCUCCCAUCCGAAUACCGGUGCCUCAAACUUUUAAAAAACGGUCUCGGACAGCACGCGCAGCUGCUGCACAAGCUGCUGCUCACAAGCGAAAGGUAGUAUAUCAGCUGAAGGCCCGAUCAAAGAACCGAAAAUCGAAAUCGAAAUCAACAGUUUCUGAAAUUAUACAUGCUGCUCAAAAAGCUCCGCAAGCUAUUGAAUUCAAUCAGGAAGUGGCCAUACAAAACUUGAAUAAAACAAAACGAGAUCUAAAUGUGAACGAUAAGGGACAACGGAGAAGUAAACGGCUCAAGGAAAACUGCGAUAAUGCAAUAGCUCAGGAAUGCCAAGUAGCCGAAGAAGAGCAGGAGGAGGACCAGGUAUACGAACUUCGAAAUAUUAUAUCACACCGCAUUUGCACUAAGGCUUGCUGUAACUACGAAUACUAUGUUGAGUGGGCUGACAAGAAACCUGGAACAAAAGAAUGGAUACACGAAAGCCAGAUUGAUAUGGGAGAUAUGUACACCGCUUAUCGGCUUAAUGCAUUCACGCAAACGGUAGAUGUAAAUAUGGGUUCAAUUGAUGACAAUGAGCAGCCUCGUAACAAUCGCAACGGCGAACCGCCAAAUGAAGAGAAUCGUUCAAGCGAUCCCUCGCCUUUUCAUACUAAAGCACUGCCAUUCCAUUCCUGAUGCAACUCUCAAAAGAAUCCUUAACUUACACAAUUCAGCUUUUCAAUGAGGGCCUAUCGAGUAUGAAUGCAACGCAGGGCCCAAGUA